AUGCCGAAUCAAGUGGUGUUUGCACAAGAAGAGGGCGAGCGCAUCGCCGAUUAUCUCGGUCCGCAGAACAAAAAUCUGAUCAUGCAAACCCACAGCCUUCUCACUGCACGCGGAAUGGUUGUCGAGGCUGCAGUUUUCGUUAUUGCACUCGAAAGAGCCUGUCUGGCACAGAUUCUGGUCGAGUCGUAG